UGGCUGAGGCAGCCCUGCUAGAGGCCAUAUUGGAAUCUAUGAAGUCGGCUUGCACUUUGAUGGAACUGAGUGUCUGUCGUUUUGGGAGUCUCUUAAUCGCUACCCCGGAUUUAAACCCAAGUGAUUGCGCCUGGCAUUCCACGUGAGACCCUGCCAAGUCUGGACGGCAAGUUGUCUCGCUUCUUUUGUGGAAAAAAAAUGAGUCCAACCGAUGCUAAACGAGGGGCUAAGCGCAGGAAGAACAAGCGGGGCGGUGGCAGUAGCUGCAGUGCUGUCUGCAAUACCAGCGGUGGCAAGGCCGGGGUUGCCUCGGCCCUGGGCUGUGCGGGAACAGCAACACCUGCCUCUGUCGUCAGCUUUUUAACACCUGGCGGCACAGGCAGCGGGAAUAUAGGGUCCAUCGCGGGCAUAAACGGAGAGGUCAAAGUGAACAACAGUGUUACACCACAGUUUACGGAAGGACCAGUGAACGCUGACUUCUCCGGAGUCCUUCAGACCCCAUUACGUUCGCCUGAACAGCGGGUCCUACGACGGCCGGGAUCGCUGCCUCUUAUGCCGAAUGGUGCCGUGCCUUCAGAGGCAGGGAUCACGGGCCAUAACGGUACGUCACAGCCCAACAAAACACCCAGUGCCCUCCAGCUGCCUUUGUGGGUGUGCUCUGACUGCAGGCGCACGGUGGAGAAGGAGGACCGACACACUGCUCUGGAGCAGUCGUUGGGGAGCCAAGACUUCCUUUUGCACAUGCCUGUGGGUAACGGAAACCUGGGCCAGGAGGCAGCCACAGGGGACAGACUGACCACUGCUGUGCCUACACUACCCAUGCUCCCUGCCCCAGACCUCACCGCACCAAUGCCUACUGAUACAGUGUGUAGCUGUGAAGCCUGCAAUGAGAGACGGGAGAUUUCUGCUGAGUCAGAGAGGGAGUCACAGCAGCUGCAGAACCACUGGUCGGAGGUUCGUUACCUGGUGCGCUGCAUCUACCGUCAGACAGGAACACCACUAGCAGAUGACCAUGACCAGCCCCUGGAGAGAGACAAGGAGGGCAUGAAGGAGCUGGUCGAUAGACUCUGUGAGAAGGACCCCUACCAGCUGUAUCAGCGGUUGGAGCAGCAGGCUCGUGAAUACGUCUUGGAAAUGAAGGUGCGGCUACUGAAGCACCUAUCUACAGGUCCCAAGACUACAGGACCAGUGGGGACCAUGGCUGCAGCACAGGGCCCCCCUCAGGCCUACCAGUUCAUUUCCCUGCUGCUGGAGGAAUACAGCGCCCUCUGUCAAGCUGCACGCACCAUCAGCAGCUUCCUGCUCACCCUGGAGAAUGAGCACCUCCAGAAAUUCCACGUGACGUGGGAGCUGCACAACAAGCACCUUUUUGAGAAUCUGGUGUUCUCUGAACCGAUCUUGCACAGCAGUUUACCUGCACUGGUUGCACAGCUGAAACAUGGCACAGCCUCCCAUGAUUCAUACAAUGAAGAUAUGUACAGGACCUUGUUAGAAAGCUACCAGCAGCUGCAGCAGGAGAUGGCUUCGGUGGCUUCUGAAUGGCAGGAGUGUGAGAAGAGGAUUGAUGACUAUGUAGAUGAACAGCUGCUUUUUAAGGUGGAGGGUCAGAGUCUCACCAACCAAAGAACAGAGCCACACAAGUCCUUGAUAAGCAAAAACACUUUGAAGACUAAGCAGCGAAUGCUGAAGGAGGACUGGGAGUUCUUUAAGCAGAGAAGAUUUAUAGAAGAACAGUUACCCAAUAGCAAGAAGUCCCCCACCGGAGAAAACAACUUCACAGACACUAUGAGAAUGCUCUCAUCUCGUCUGAGUAUUCCAGACUGUCCAAACUGCAAUUAUCGAAGAAGGUGCACAUGUGAUGACUGUAGUCUCUCCCACAUCCUGACGUGUGGCAUCAUGGACUCUCCCAUUGCUGAGGACCUCCACAUCAAGCUGCCCCUGCAAGGGGAACCUCCCCGCGACUACCUGGCAGAGGUGCACCCUCCCAGUCUCUCCUCCGGCAGUUCAGCAUCUGGCUCCAACUCCAGUUCUCCCAUUACCAUUCAACAGCAUCCAAGGCUCAUGCUCCCUGAAGGGGACACCAACACUUUUAUUAGCGAUGAUGACGAAGUGCCUCCGUUGUCCAGUAAGUUUGGGGACAUCUACCCUAUGAGUGGUUAUGAGGAUAACAGUGUUGUGACCGCUGCUGUGAAUGGCCUCCAUAAUGACAUCAAUGGGGAAGGUGAAAACGUGGCACUGAAGGCAGGGUCUCCUCACAUUACCAGCAGCAGCAGCUCAUCAGAGGGUGACGAGGAGGAAGCUGAUGGUGAGGUUGGAGGGGAGUCCAGAGGGCAGCAGGAGGAGAUUUCCUUAGGAAAGACCAACAGUCCUCCACCUUCUUACAACCACCAACAGGUAGAACAGGUCCAGCAUGCCUGCGAGUGCCACGUGUGCAACCAAGACCCCAGCUCCUCCACCCUGGGUCCCGCCACAUGCUUGCCCCCUAGUCGGCUCCACGCUGCACCUCCUCCCACUGUUGGACACCAGUUCUUCACAGACAGCAAGACCCCCCCUGCCCACCCUGCCCUCCACCUCUACCCCCACAUCCACGGCCACCUGCCCCUACACAACUUCUCCCGGCCACUACUGCAUCCUACACUCUACCCUCCCAGUCCUCCUCUCACACACAACAAGCCUCUGCCCCCAAAUCCUACAUCAAAUCACUCGGCAGCAAAGCAGCCGGCCUUCAGCCCAUCGUUACCGGAGCACGUUUACCAGAACUGCUUUGGCGGUGCAGGUGGAGCAGGUGACUGGAACAGCUCACUGCAGUGCCUCUCGCUCAAAUUUGAGAACCUGUGGGACGCCGCUGUGAUGAAGAGCUGGAAUCCGUCUGUGCUGUUGCCUGAGUCCCUGCCAGGUGACAUGCUUGGACCUCCCCUCGCUGACGUCCCCCUCCCUCCAACAUCAUCUAUCGGCCCCCAAGGGGAACACUCCUCGCUGCCCACCCCUGUACCCGCUUCCUCCUCCACCUCCUCGUCAUUGUCAUCGUCGUCAUCAUCGUCAUCGUCGUCGUCAUGCUCCUCUUCAGAAGCCAAAGAGCAGAAGAAGAGUGGCGCCAAGAAGAAGUGUCUCUACAAUUUCCAGGAUGCCUUCAUGGAGACCAACCGAGUGGUGAUGGCCACCUCUGCCUCCACGUCCUCUGUGUCCUGUACUGCCACCACUGUCCAGUCAAACGAUGUAUUUCACAAUCUAGGUAAAGAGGACCAUAGGCAACCCGCUCCAGCCACCCCUAGAAACGGCCCUACAGGAUUGACCUCCCUCCCUCCGCUCUCGGGCCCGACCCUGCCCCCAGCACCCACCACACACCUUCCCACAAUGGGAUCCCAGCCCUUUCCAAAGAUGGCUGCUCCAGCCCCAGACUUCAUGGAGGCACACCAGGGUUUGUGUCUCCCGCCUGCUGAGCCUCCAGCCUCCUCAGCAGACGGUCCUAUCAGCGCCCCACCUAGUGUCUGCAGUGAUCCUGACUGUGAAGGCCAUCGCUGUGAGGGGAAUGGGGCGUACGAGCACCAGCCGUACGAUGGAGAGGAGAGUCAGGACGAGGACAGCUGCUCUGAGCACAGCUCCUCGACCUCCACUUCCACCAACCAGAAGGAAGGAAAGUACUGUGACUGCUGCUACUGCGAGUUCUUUGGGCAUGGCGGGCCCCCAGCUGCUCCUACCAGUCGAAACUAUGCAGAGAUGCGGGAGAAGCUGCGUUUGCGUCUGACAAAGCGUAAGGAGGAGCAGCCUAAACGUGAGGAGCACCAACCCAUAAUAGAACGAGAUGGAGGGGUGGAGGACCACAGGCGGGUGGAGGACCUGUUGCAGUUCAUCAACAGUGCUGACAGUAAACCUGCCUCCAGUUCUAAGGCAGCGAAACGGGCCAGGCACAAACAGAAGAAGAUGGAGGAGAAGGCCCGUCUAGAGGCAGAGGCCCGUGAAAGGGAGGAGCAACAGGUGUUGGAAGAGCAGCAACGGCGACAGCGGCAGGAAGAGGAAGAGGCAGCGCUUCAAAAGGAACUGCUCCGGCUGCAGGAGCUGCAGCAACAUCGUGCUGCCAAGAAGAAAAAGAAAGAGAAAGCGAAGGAAAACACUGCUCCCCCUCAAAACAACCCACAGCCCCUUAAACAGACAGCUCAGAACGUCUUAGAUAACUUACAGAAUGGAAAGUCACAGCUGCUUCAAACCCUCAUCCGCCUCCCUGACCAGAAAGAACCCAGAUUUAAACCCGUACCCCGGCCCAAUACACUGCACAGCCCAAAACACACGAGUGAGAUGGGGUUUUCUACUGAGACCAAUAUCCCCAACUGUCCAGCCGCCCUCCACAACGGCACUUCUACAUCUCAACUUGAGGUCAACAGUAAAGUUAAGGCCAAGCAGUCUGCUAAAGUGGCCACUUGUGAGGCUGCUGUAAAGAAAGCCCCAGAGUUACCCAAGAGCUCAGAUGUGACAGUAAAGCUAGCUAAUGGCACCACUCCCACCACUACAACAGACACCAAAGCAACCCGGAUCAGGCCUGCUGAGGCCCUGGCUCCUCUCCAAACCACUGAACCAAGGAGAGAGGACAGGAGUAAUAUCAGGAGCGCCAGUGGAAAAAGGCACCAACAGCAGCAGCAACAACCGCUCACCCAAAUAAAGGAAGACAGGAGGAGUCCACCUGUGUCAAACCCUUCCCCGUCUCCCCCUCCAACCUCCCAGUCUGAGCAGACCCAGCAGAAUGGCAAACCUCCCAGUGCAGAGUCCCCACAGCCCAAAGGCAAGACCAAGAAGAACAAGAAGAAGAAGGGGGACAAGAUGAACAGCUCAAUAGAUGACGUAUUCUUGCCCAAAGACAUCGACCUGGAUAGCACUGAAAUGGAUGAAACGGAGAGGGAGGUGGAAUAUUUCAAAAGGUUCUGCUUGGAUUCUGCCCGGCAGACCCGCCAACGGCUUUCCAUCAACUGGUCAAACUUUAGUUUGAAGAAAGCAACGUUUGCUGCACAUUGAGGGUGUUAGUGAGUGACUGUCAGGACACAAUCAGUACCUUAACAGCUAUACCAACCCACACGGCUCCCCAGACCCAUCCCUUUACCUCCACCCAGCUGUUGUCCUCCCAGAACUUCUCUCCCGCUGUGCCCAAAUCACACCCACGCUGCCUUGCUUUGUUCUUGUCACUGUGUGGUUCCAACACAGACCCAUCUGGACUGAUCCACCUGCAGAACUAAAACAAAAAUGAAAUUAAAUGACACAAAAAGAAUCACAAAAUGCUACUUUACAUCUGAUUAAUUUUCCUUGCGUGCUUGUGUGCUUUUAGUCUGAGUUGGGCAUUUCUCUUGACUGAAAAAGCCAUGGUCUGAAAUUAUUUUCUUAUUUUGGCUUACCUGUAGUCAGAAGAUGCUUACUAUGUCUGGAUGGUUUCCUUCCAAAAAAAAGAGACAAAGGAAACUACAAAAAAAUGAGAAAUGUAAUGAAUUAAAAGCUGUAUUUGAGAUAUUGUGGCUUACUAUCCCAUCGUUUCCCGUUCCUAGCACGGCAUCUCAUCCACAUGAUUGACAAGGGAAUGGGCUUGGUCAGCUGGUCUCCACUCCCUUUCCCCACCCCACCACCACCUCCUCCUCCUCCCUAUUUCACAGAAAGGAGGAAAGCGUAAUACUUGACAAUGUUCUUUUUUGGUUUUUAAGUACUGUUUAACAAACUGUUGAGUAAAAGUGUACCAGUUACAGUUUUUGUUUUCUUUCUUUUUGACCUGUAGCCAGCUUGUAUCAGAAUACUUUCAGAAUGAAAUUGAAAAAGAACAAUACUCACACUAUCAAUCUGUUAUAGAGUGUAUAUUGUAUUAACACUGAAGCCAAACUGGCUACUUUUAACAUAUUGUUAAGUAAUAUUAAAUCUUGUCUUUCUUUUUUGAAAGAUGGAAUACAGUAGUAUGGCAGGA